UCGUUUACGCGAAAUCAAAGCCUCUGCUUUCUUACAAUCGACCAAAAAAAUUUCGAAGUUUUGUUACGUCUCUUUUUCUUGGCGUUCCAUCUCGUUUGCCACUUUCCUGAAAUAGCAAUAUAAAUAGAAGUUUCCAACAAUCUAUAUAGUUUUGUCGGAUAGGUCGCGGAGUGGUCUCUCCGCCACCUUAUCCGCCUUUAAUAAAAGAGAUUUCCAUAUCCAAUUCAAACCCAUCAGAGCGGCGUCACCAUCACGUUGAUAUCUUUAUCCAUUCACAAUUCCCAAUACUUCCCAUAAAUCCCAUCCAAUCCCAUCUUUCGAUGUAUUGGGUUCCAUUUAUUGAAGUUCGUUUACCUGUUAAUUGUUGCUUGGAAUUUCAAUCUCUUGGGGUUCCUUUAGCAGGCAGUGAGAAACUUGGGUUCUGAUCUGAGAACCGAUUUGGCUGUUAAUUUGAUUGCUCCUGAGAAUUUGAGGCAAAACCCAGUUGGGUUUCUGAUUUGGGAGGUGGGUUUUUGUUUGGUUUGCUGAUCAAGUUUUCUGGGUUGAAUUUUGUGGAUUUGAAAUUCUUGGGGUUCCUUGGGGCUUGGUUGGGCAGGUUUUGGAAACCCACCAAGCUUUUGAGCUGGUGGGUGUUGGCAAUUUGAGGAUUUGGGGUCAAAGUUUUGGAGGGGGAUUUCUCCGGAAUUUGGAAACCUUCAAGAUUUAAAGCGGUUGGAGAAUUUGGUAACUGAUAUUUAAUUUCCAAUUAGGUUUUGUUUGGUUUGUUGGGUACCUUUUUAUUUCAUUUGAGCUAAAGCUUGAAGCAAUAGAUAAAUCUUAAUUGAACUUUUGGAAUCAUAUCUCAUUGAAUUCUAUUUUAAUUCUGUCUGAUUCAAUUUGAGAUUCUACUGCAAGGACUCGUUUGUCAUUCAAUUGCCCUCCUCAUUCUUUUGUAAACUUGGAGACCUAAAACCACAUUUGUAGUUAUAAGAGCUGUUGUAGGUUUUAUAACCCUUCAGCUUUGUUGACCAAGGAUAUAUACCUUUGCUACAACGACAAAAAUACAGACAUUUUACUUACUCCAAAGAAAUGGAUAUAAGCAAUGAGGCCAGUGUUGAUCCAUUUCCUAUUGGACCUUCAACCAUUGUUGGUCGGACUAUUGCUUUCAGGGUUUUAUUUUGCAAGUCAAUGUCACAGUUGAGGCAACAAUUGUUUCAUACAUUGUUGCGUCUUAUCUAUAGAUGCAGGGACUUUUUGGCUCCCAUGUUCUCAUGGUUGCAUCCUCGAAAUCCACAAGGGAUAUUGGCAAUGGUGACAAUUAUUGCUUUUUUGUUGAAGCGAUACACAAAUGUAAAAGUCAAGGCUGAAAUGGCUUAUCGGAGGAAAUUUUGGAGAAAUAUGAUGAGAACUGCAUUGACUUAUGAGGAGUGGGCUCAUGCUGCUAGGAUGCUUGAUAAAGAGACCCCAAAGAUGAAUGAAUCAGACCUUUAUGAUGAAGAAGUAGUUAGGAAUAAGCUUCAAGAGCUCCACCACCGUCGUGAAGAGGGUUCUCUCAGAGAUAUAAUGUUCUGCAUGCGAGCAGAUCUUGUUAGAAAUCUUGGUAAUAUGUGCAACCCUGAGCUUCACAAGGAGAAACUUCAUGUUCCCAAACUCAUAAAGGAAUACAUCGAUGAGGUCUCAACUCAGUUGAGAAUGGUCUGUGAUUCAGACUCAGAAGAGCUCUCAUUGGAAGAGAAGCUUGCUUUCAUGCAUGAAACAAGACAUGCUUUUGGGAGAACUGCCCUGCUCUUGAGUGGGGGUGCUUCUCUUGGAUCUUUCCAUGUGGGUGUGGUUAAAACGCUGGUGGAACAUAAGCUUUUGCCAAGAAUAAUUGCUGGUUCUAGUGUGGGGUCCAUUAUGUGUGCUGUUGUUGCCACUAGGUCUUGGCCUGAGCUCCAAAGUUUCUUUGAGGAUUCUUGGCACUCAUUGCAGUUUUUUGAUCAGAUGGGUGGGAUUUUUACAGUUGUCAAGAGGGUCAUGACACGCGGGGCAGUUCAUGAGAUCAGGCAGUUGCAAAUGAUGUUAAGACAUUUAACGAGUAAUCUUACGUUCCAAGAAGCUUAUGACAUGACAGGUCGAAUUCUUGGGAUAACUGUUUGCUCCCCAAGGAAGCACGAGCCACCUAGAUGCCUUAACUACUUGACUUCACCUCAUGUUGUUAUAUGGAGUGCAGUGACAGCUUCUUGUGCUUUUCCAGGCCUUUUUGAGGCUCAGGAACUAAUGGCAAAAGAUAGAAGUGGAGAGAUUGUUCCUUAUCAUCCUCCAUUUAAUUUGGGUCCAGAGGAAGGGUCAAUGCCAGUGCGUAGAUGGAGAGAUGGUAGCUUGGAGAUAGAUUUACCUAUGAUGCAGCUGAAAGAACUGUUCAACGUUAAUCAUUUUAUUGUCAGUCAGGCAAAUCCUCACAUUGCACCAUUGUUAAGGCUAAAGGAAUUUGUAAGAGCUUGUGGAGGCAACUUUGCUGCCAAGCUUGCUCAUCUUGCUGAGAUGGAGGUGAAACAUAGAUGUAACCAGAUCCUGGAACUUGGUUUUCCAUUAGGUGGACUUGCGAAACUGUUUGCUCAAGAUUGGGAGGGUGACGUUACUGUUGUUAUGCCUGCCACACUUGCUCAGUACUCAAAAAUUAUACAAAAUCCAACAUAUAUUGAACUUCAAAAGGCAGCCAACCAAGGUAGAAGAUGCACUUGGGAGAAGCUCUCGGCCAUAAAAGCAAACUGUGGCAUUGAGCUUGCUCUUGAUGAGUGUGUUGUAAUUCUCAACCACAUGCGCAGACUCAAAAGGAGUGCUGAAAGAGCUGCAGCUUCUUCUCAUGGCCUAGCUACUACAGUCAAAUUCAGUGCAUCAAGAAGAAUUCCUUCUUGGAAUUGUAUUGCUCGUGAGAAUUCAAGUGGUUCCCUUGAAGACUUUGGAGAUGGUGCUUCCUCAAUCCAUCAAGGUAUUGGUGCAUCCACCAGUGCAAUUCCUUCUGUAAAAAACUUUCAAACGCACCGCAAUAUACAUGAUGGAAGUGACAGUGAAUCUGAGAGCGUUGACGUUAAUUCUUGGACAAGAUCAGGUGGACCUUUGAUGAGAACAACAUCAGCAAAUAAAUUCAUCGACUUUGUCCAAAAUUUGGACAUUGAUGCUGAACUGAACAGAAGUUUUCUGGCUAUUCCUAACUCAGCGACGCUUCAGAUGGGAGGCAAUAAUCAGUAUUAUCAAAGCCCAAGGGGUACAACACCCGACAGAAGUCCCGAAAGCACUAAAUUCGAUAAGAGGGAUUUUGGAAAUAUGGUUUCAGUAAAUGGUUCGAGCAUUAUGGUGACUGAAGGUGAUCUUUUGCAGCCUGAAAGGAUACAUAAUGGGAUUGUAUUCAAUAUUGUGAAGAAAGAAGACUUAACAUUGUCAAGUAGGAGUAGUCAUGACAUGGAAAAUUAUGGCAGUGAAGUUGCUGAAUGCGUACAACUUGAUUGUCCGGAAAAGGACAUGGAUGCUAGAUCUGCAUCUGAAUGCGGUGAUGCUGAUAUCACUUCAGACAUCUGCUUAGAAGAAACGGCACCCAAUUGCCUGUCGACGGAUCAACCUAAUGUAGAUGAUUGUAAUCAUCAGAGCAUUGUGGAUGGUUGAUUUUAACAUCUGUUUUGCUAAGAGAUUUAUUAAACAAUUAGGUACAAUUAUUGACAGAAUGAGGAGUUCAUACUUUUUCCAGAUUGAAA